AUGUUUCCCAAGGAAGGGGAAAAUAGCACUAGCCUUGACAUAACGUCCGUGAAGGAAGAUGAUUUUAAAGUUACUGAAGAUCUCAUCAACGGCAUACGCAUAAAGACCUUCUUUCCAAAUGAUGGGAUAUUCGUGACAAGAGUGUUGGAUUCUGGUACUCUCACAUGGGAUGGAGUCGAUGAUGAAGAAUGUACAUCGUGUGUUAUUUACACCAGAGGCGGGUUUGCCUGUUUGCUUGAAUUGACUAUAAAAACUGAAACAUCCGUCCGAUUUGCAUAUUUUGAAAAGAAGGGAGGGAAUGAAUGGAAAAGGAUUUCAGAAACAUCAUUUAGUGAAAAGUUUGAUAAAAUGGAAGAAAGUUAUCUUAAACGGAGGCCAAUAAACCUCUUAUCCACCAGAAAGGACUCUAGCAAAGAAUCAAGUUUAAGAGGGUCCCAAUCUGAGGAUGAGACCGCCGCGACUACAGAGGCUUCUGCUGAAGAAGCUGAAUCUGCAGGUGCAUCAAGUUCUCAUCCACCCUAUCUUUACAAUGAGAAAAACACCUCCGCUACACUUGACCUCGCAAAUGUUGACAAGUACAAAACAUAUGUUUAUGACACUACCUACAAUGGUCUUACACUCACCAGCUACCGUGCAAGGGACAAUGUCCACUUUAACAAAGUUGUGGAUGGAAAUAUUCCCAUCUGGGAAGCUCAAGAAGGUGACAAAGGCAUCUUGUGCGAAUACUACUCAGAAGUUGGAUAUUUUACUUUAUUUUUAAUACGAUACAAGUCCGGAGAUUCAUAUUACUUUAAAUAUUACGUCAAGGAAAACGACAUCUGGAUAAGUAUUGACAAGAAGGCAUUUUACAACAGACUCAACUUUUUGAAUUUCUAG